CGGCGCGGGAUGGAGCCGGCCGGGGCCCCGCCGCCGAGCUGCGCCCCGGCCCGGGAGGCGGAGGAACCCCCGGGGUCCCCGGCGCUCCCCGCCGAACGUCCGCGGGACGGCGAGCCCGCCCGGAAGGCGAGAGAAGAGGCGGCGGCGGUGGAACGGAGCCGCGGUCGCGGCCCGGCCGGGCGGGCGGCGCGGAGUGCGGGGCGGCGCGGGCCGGAGGAGCGGGGGGCCCGGGCGGGACGGCGGCCCCGGGUCACCGUGGAUAGCUCCAAGGCCAAGACCUCACUGGAGGCGCUGAAGAUCAGCCUGCGGCAGCUGCGUUGGAGGGAGUUUCCCUUUGGCAGGCGCCUGCCGUGUGAUAUCUACUGGCAUGGAGUGUCGUUUCAUGACAAUUACAUAUUCUCAGGUCAAGUCAACAAGUUUCCAGGCAUGACGGAGAUGGUACGUAAGGUUAUGCUGAGCCGGGCAGUGAGAACGAUGCAGGAUUUGUUUCCUGUCGAAUAUAACUUCUAUCCUCGCUCCUGGAUUCUGCCCGAGGAGUUUCCCCUCUUUGUGGCUGAGGUUCGAAUGAUGAAAGAGAGCGAUCCGUCCUGGAAGCCCACUUUUAUUGUCAAACCUGAUGGCGGGUGCCAGGGGGAUGGAAUCUACCUCAUUAAAGACCCCAGCGACGUCAGGCUGGCCGGCAGCCUGCAGAGCCGCCCGGCAGUGGUCCAGGAGUACAUCUGCAAACCGCUGCUUGUGGACAAGCUGAAGUUUGAUAUUCGUCUCUACGUCUUACUGAAAUCCUUAGAACCUUUAGAGAUUUAUAUAGCCAAAGAUGGACUUUCUAGGUUUUGUACAGAGCCCUAUCAAGAACCCACUCUAAAAAAUUUGCACCAGGUUUUUAUGCACUUAACUAACUACUCACUAAAUAUCCAUAGUGGGAAUUUCAUCCAUUCUGACAAUGUAAACACUGGCAGCAAGAGGACUUUCUCAAGCAUUCUGUGCAGACUGUCUUCCAGAGGAGCUGAUGUCAAAAAGGUCUGGUCAGAUAUAAUUUCACUGGUGAUUAAAACAAUUAUUGCACUGACACCAGAACUGAAAGUUUACUAUCAGUCUGACAUCCCAGCAGGAAAGCCUGGGCCAACUUGCUUCCAGAUUUUAGGGUUUGACAUUCUCCUGAUGAAAAACUUGAAGCCCAUGUUGCUGGAAGUAAAUGCAAACCCCAGCAUGAGAAUAGAGCACGAGCAAGAGCUCUCUCCUGGGGUGUUUGAAAAUGUCCCAAGUCCUGUUGAUGAAGAAGUGAAAGUAGCUGUUAUCAGAGAUACUCUUCGUCUGGUGGACCCCCACAAAAAAAAGAGAAAAGAUACUCAAUCUCAGACUUCAGAGCAUGUGUCAGAAACAAGAGAGGAUCUACUGGAUGCAGGACCAGCAGGUGGACCGGAAUACGAGACCAGCAAAAACCCAGAGGCUGCCCUGCCCUCCCUUUGUCUCAAGCAAGUGUUUCCAAAGUACGCCAAGCAGUUUAAUUACCUGCGUCUUGUGGACAGGGUGGCUGCAUUGUUCAUCCGAUUCCUUGGCGUCAAAGGGACAACAAAACUGGGGCCAACAGGUUUCCGGACAUUUAUAAGAAACUGCAAGCUCAGUAACAGCAAUUUUUCAAUGGCUUCUGUAGAUAUCUUAUACAUUGAUAUCACACGAAGGUGGAACAGCAUGGGAUUUGAUCACAAAGAAUCAGGGAUGUGUUUGCAAGCCUUUGUUGAAGCUUUCUUCUGUUUGGCUCAGAAAAAAUACAAGUCGCUCCCUCUUCAUGAGCAGGUGGCAUCAUUGAUUGACUUCUGUGAGUAUCACCUGGCUGCCCUGGAUGAGAAGCGCCUGCUUUGUGGCCGGGGGGUUGUGGAGCGCCGAGGUGCAGCGGUUACUUGUCCGACAGAUGGACUUGAGGUGACCCCAGCUCUGCACGCACCCCUCCUAAACCGCACGGCCGCAGCUGGUAAACUUGCAGAUUGCAGAAGUCAUCGCUAUCCUGCUGCUGUUUCACCAGGAGCAGGGAGAGACUGAGAGAACUGAGAAUUAAUCUCAGCUGUGUAUAAGCUGCAGGAUGUGGAAAAGACUCUUGAAUUCCUUUUUUUUCCUACUUAUGCUCUUCAAAAAGUCCCGUUCUUAAAUACUGAUCCUUCUUCACAAUGGCUACUAUAUUUUUUUAACCUCUCCACUGAGCCUACAGUGCAUCUCACGUGACAAACUGCUUUUAUUUUGAAGGUGAAGACAAAGAACAAACAGACAGUGAGAAGAUAACCAACAUCAUGGGAAUUGGGUGCACCGCCUGAGAGGCACACUCAUGUUAAGAAAUUACGUGCCUCGAAUGCACUAAAUGUAUCAUGGACACCAAUUAAGGAGCUGCAGUUGCAAAUUCCAGUUGUGUGGUUUUGAAAACAAAAACCUGGGAUUAUAUUUUUGGUCAGACUUCAGGCUUUGACCCUGUUAUUUCAGUUGCUUGGACUGGGCUUGUCGGUACUGGUACAGAUCUGCUCGUUGCCCAUAGCUAUGCACUUACCUUUAUAACUCAGUCUUAAACCUCUGAAAUCAUAUUUCUGCUUCUACUUUGUACGUGUCCUUGCCAUAAGAAGUACUGUUAACUUUUUAAAGAAAAAUGAGAGAUGUUUGAGUCUUUUUGCUUCUGCAGAAACAAUAAGAUCACAAUGAUUCACAGCAAAAAAAAAAAAAACACAAGCAACCAAGCUUCAUUAAGUAACAUUUGUUGACUUCAGUGUUGUUUUUUCUUCAAGUAGUAAGCACUGUUGCUGCAAAGAGCCUUACUGCAUGAAGGUGUAAGAAGUCAACCAGGUCCAGAAGUCAUCCAGAAGGCCAAUCCGGUCACUUUAGGCUAAACUAAUUGUAUUCUAGGUUUGCUGAUUUUCAUACUACUUUGGUGUUUGCUAUCUUACUUGGGCCUAGGUAACACCUAGAGCAGAUUUUUUUGGACUUUGCACAUAAUCUUCAUUUUUCUUCUAUCUACAACUUAGAUCUAUAUUAUUCAACAGGAUAUUUUGUCAAGAAUGCUGGACUCCACUGGAGCUCUUUUGGAGGAGUUCUACUCUUAUUUUUCAAGCAAUGAACUGUGAGUUGCAUAAUCACACUCUUGGGGAGGGGGCUAAGCAGAGACAGACUGGCUGAAAAGGACACAGAUAACUUGGUGCAUCGGUGCUGUUCAGUCGAUUUUUUCUGGUCUCAUAUUUUAUGAUGAUAAUGUAUAAUGUGGUUUUCCUCCUUUGUUUUAUUAUUUAAUGUUAACAAUCUACUCAUGUUCCAGCGCUUGUCAUACUGUCAAAAAUGACAAAAUAUUAAGAAGGCACAAUGUUUGGGCAGUGAGCUUUGGUUUGAGCAAAUGACCUGAUCUUGAUGUCUGAAUCUUCCAGUGGCUGACGUACAAGAAUUGUUGUCUGCCAUACAGGAAUCGUGCUGUCAGUGUGGAGAAAAUCCUCACACUGAAUGUCAAGGACUGACUGCACACUCAGUAUGGAGUGACUUUUUACUCUAGGGAAUGUUUAGGAUUUACUUUCUGAUGUUUUGUUUUAAACAGCAUGCUGUUUUCCCAAGUGAGCAUGGCAGUGCAACACAGAAGUCAAGGUUGGCUUGCAAGAAUCUAAUACCUAGCAUGUGUUAUAAUAACAACUGUGGGAGUAUCUGCUUCUCUUUUCCUUCUCUUUCUGUAACACAAGUCAGAGCAGUAGUAGACACUUGGUUUUGUUCAGUGUUUGUAAUUUUUUGUACGUAAUGCCACUGCCCUCUGCCUUGUUGAAGUUUCAUAAGGAUUAUUGCAGUAUGAAGAUAAAAUGCCAAACUCUGAGGUCUGGCAGCUGUCAGAACAAACGAAGUUGAAAGGGUCAUUUUUUUUCAGUCUCAUUGUAAUACAUUUGAAGACAUUCCCAAGUUGAAAAAUGGUUGCUUCUCGUUUUGUGACAUCUGACAUUUGUCUUGCGAUUGGCAGUGUGUUACUAGAGAAUAGCUUACAGUUUCCCUCAUCUUGUGAUUGAUGUCCUGUAAAGACAGAGGUAGAGAAGACUAGGAUUUGAAAUAGUACAGAUGUGAAUACUUUUCUUUGGAGCUUUCAAGUAGUACAGCCUAUGCCCUAAAACACUCUUUUUGACUACUACAGAAGUUACCCUGGUAUCAGUGGAUUAAAUUAGCUAUUGUAUAUAAAGAGCACUGGAGAUCUUUAUAUUCUCUGGAUCUCAUACAGAUUUUCAUAACCUGUGCAUACACAGGCUGAUGCAGUAUACUCUAUUUCCUAUUUCGAAUAUGACCCUUGUGGGGUAGGUAAAAGAUUUAAUGAUCUGCCUCUGGUAACUCAGUGUUCAUACAUUUAUCUAAUUGGAAAAUUGAGUGGCACGUUAUUCCUGGGGGAAGAGGGGGGAAAGUGCAGUAAAUAGGAGUGCACUCGAGAGUCAUCACAGCAAAGUCACAUUUCUCUUCCCUCCCAUCUAAUGCAGUACUUGCAAUACUAUUUAGCAUCCAAAGCAAUUUCACAUAGCCCUUAAGUUAGUGGUCUGUGCAAACACAAGAAAGUGACCAGAGAUACUGAAUUUGGAAUAUGAACACGAAUGCACUGAUAAUCUGUUAAUCCUGAGAUAGCUUUCUAGCAGAAAAAUGAUAUGUGAAAUGUAGACAAGCAUUUUUAAUAGUAUUUUUAAUAUAAUCUCUUCAGAGAAUAA